AAUCCCUAGCUAUUUACGUCAUGCCAGCUAUGAGCAAAGGGCUCAAUAAAUAUGGGAUGAGUGGAAGAGACAGCAGCUCUAAACCGGGUGAACCAUAGGCACUAAAGGUAGGGAACUGGUGAGGUGGCAGAGGCAGGGGCUUUGGAGCUAGACAGAUCAGGGUUUGGGACUCCGGGUGGCCUUUGGGACUCUAGGUUACAGUUGCCUGCCCAAGGCCUUGAACAGGUAACUAACUCUUCUGAGUCUACUGUGUAAAUUGAGGAUAAUAAUAGUGCCAACUCCAUAUGGUUGUUGGGAAGACUAAAUGAAAUGAUGCUUUUGAAGUACCCAGGACACUGAAGAGUCUUGAAAUAUUCAUUCCACAGCUAUUUAUUGAUGACCUAGGAUAUAUGUACCAAGCUCUGUGCCAGGUACUGGGAUACAGUGUCCAGAGAGACAUGACUCCUGUCCCUAAGGAGUUCAAUGUCUAGGGCAGGAAGAGACCACCUACCAUUAUAAGACUGAAUUAUAUAGGGAUGGGGGAAACAGGGGCUAGAGUCUGUGGUAACACAUUGGAAAUCACCCAACCCAGACUGGGGGAUGGGGGUAGGAAGGCUUCCCAGCAAAGGUGAGGUCAACCAUGAACCAUGAGUAGGAGUUGCCAGGUGAAGAGAGAAGAGGAUUGCAGACAGCCAGAAUGUUCUAAGGCCUAGAGACAAGGGAGAGAAUAGGGAUAUUCCAGGAGGAACAAGUAGUCUACUAUGGCUGAAGUCAAGAGCUGAGAUUGCAGUAAGCAGGGGCUGGGCCAUGAUGAGCCUUGAAAACCAUAUUAAUGUGACUUGAACUUGAAUCUUGGCACAAUCCUAAUGAAUGCAUCUUUACUAAGAACCCACCAGGAGUCUAAUGUGGCCCUAGGCAGGGUGAGGAAUACGGAAGAUAGGACCCUGUCCUUUCAGUGAUUCUGAAAAAGCCUCUACCCUCUUUGGGGUCUCAAUUCCCCCAUCUGCAAAAUGAGCUACACCAAAAUUUCUCAAACUUAAACCUGCUACAUGUCACCUUCUUGAUUUUUACCAUAUUCAUGUAUUAUUAGUACUCUUAUUUUCUUUAAUAAACUCAUUUCUUUAUGUAAGUAAACUUAAAGGAAACUUACAGUACUUUCUGAAAUAGAAAACUAGUAUAACUUGUCCUAGACAGAAGGCACUUCUAAAAAUACAUAUGACUAAAACAAUGUGUUUAAUUCUAGCUAGUUACAGUUGCCUGCCCAAGGCUCUGAGCCCUAGGCCUGCUCCUCUCUCUUUGGGAGAUUACAAAGUGUUAGAGAGGUGUUAAAAACCUAUUAGCACCCACCUGGCUUUCUCAUUUAUGUAAUCACAUGGACUGAAAGUCUGGUAAGGGAAUAAAUCUCUCACCUUGUGAGUUGAUGUUAUUAUUUAGCAUCAUGUGCAUGCCAACUUCCUAAAUUACUCUGAAGUGGCCCCGUGUGGUAUGUGUCCCACACUUAGGGGAUGCUGAACUAGAUUGUCUACUUUUAAGGUCUCUUCUAUCUCUGCUCCUCUAACAUCUGUGGCCUGGGACGUCUUUCCAGAGGUAGUAGGAUGGGAAAAGGUGGAAGGAGGGUUCUGUGAGAACACCACUGCCUAGGCAAAGUUAUGGAGAGGAUUUCAAUCACCAUGUCUGGAAUGCACCGAGGUGAAGAAGUCCAGUUUGGGCCCAUCCACAACCCGGAGCUCCCCCAUGAAAGGGUGCUCCCGAAGCUCCUCCAAUGCCAGCACUCACUCCUCCAGCCGCUCUUACCGAUCUCCAAAUCCCAGGACCUCCCCCAGGUACACCCGGAGCCGAUCCACCUCCUCUGAAAAAAGGUCCUACUCCCGCUCUCCCAGCUAUUCCUCCAAGUCUGGCAAGAGGAGCCCGCCUAGCAGAAGCUCUCGAUCCCGCCGCAGCCCCAGCUACUCCCGCUACAGCCCCAGCAGGGAGCGGGACCCCAAGUACAAUGAGAAGGACUCGCAGCAGCGGGAGCGCGAGCGAGCGCGUCGGAGACGUCGGUCCUACUCGCCCAUGAGGAAGCGCCGGAGAGACUCCCCGAGCCACCUGGAGGCCCGGAGGAUAACAAGUGCUCGGAAACGCCCCAUCCCCUACUAUCGGCCCAGCCCCUCUUCGUCCAGCAGCCUCAGCAGCACCUCUUCCUGGUACAGCAGCAGCAGCAGCCGCUCAGUGACCCGCAGCUACUCCAGGAGCCGGAGUCGCAGCCGGAGCCAGAGCAGGACCCGCACUAGCAGCAGCUCCAGCUCUCGCAGCCCCAGCCUGGGCUCCCGGAGCCGGAGUCAUAGCCGGAGCCGGAGCUAUAGCUCAGCAGACAGCUACUCCAGCACGAGGCGCUAAGCAAGGGCCUUCCCUUGAGCCAGCUGCCCGUGGGGGCCCCUUUCUCUCUGCCAGCCUCCCCCACUACCUGCCCUCCCUGCCUUCUCCUUGGUGACAGAUAUUGAGGGCUCCUGGACCCUGUCCUUCCUGCUUUCCUGGGUAGGAAGAAAAGAGGGUACGGGGGCUUUACCCUCUGUGUCAAGCUGCUAUGAGCCUCCACCAGCACCAUCCUGGGGCUCAACUGAGGCCUGGGCAUAUGAAGAGAAACAUCCUCUUUGGCACAAAAAACCUCAAGGUUUUGUAAGAAGCAGUGGGUUCACAACUCAAAAAUGUGGGCCUGGCUAGGAAAGUGUGGGAACAGUUUUGCUCACCCGCUGCUCAAAGGAUGCAUGUAGAAAGCCAGUGGUAAUUCAUCCCACCUGCCCUCAUUCUCCCCUCGGUCAACCUCAUGGCUGCACGUCUGUGGACCCCCAUAUGGGGGAUAGGUGAGAAAGGAGACCAAGGGCAAGCCAAAGGCAGUUCAGGUCCAAGAUAAGGGGUCAGGCCUUUAACCUCCCCAAAUGGCUAGAGCAAGGGCUCGAAGACUCUUGAGCCCUAGAAGAGGGGACAUACAUAUACGUGGGCAGGGGACAUGGACAUUUGAGUUAGUGAUAGGUAUCAGGAGAUAGGAGAUGGGCCCUCUAUGAGUAUAGAAGCAGAAAGAAAGGCUCAGUCCACUGCUCCAAUGUCUCUGCAUGGUCAGGGGAAGGAACCCAGCAGCUUCCAGCUAUGAAGAGGCCACCACA